CCCUCACAUGACGGCAGCCUGACACACAUGGCCGGGGAGGAGAACCUCCCCUCUACCUGACAGUCUUCACCAGAAUUGAAAGCAAAAGGCAGCAGCUCCAGGCCAAACAAGGAAGAGACAUGGCUGAGACAGUGGUUGGGGGAUUAUCCGAGCCUGAACCGGCCACUUCUGAAGUUCAGUCUAUCGCUGAACAGGUGAAGAGCCAGUUGGAACAGAAAGCGAACGCAGUCUACCCCACGUACGAGGCGAUUUCAUUCCGUGAGCAGGUGGUUGCUGGCACGAACUACUUCAUCAAGGUCCGACACGGUGAUGGGGAGAGAGACUACGCCCACCUGCGCGUGUUCCAGGCCCUGCCGUGCUAUGGGGGCGGAGUUGAGCUCUCUGGCUACCAACUGGGCAAGACCAAGGAUGACCCCAUCACCUAUUUCUAGCCACGCAGGGCCGUCUCUGCAAGGAGGCAAUAAAGGGAAUUUACCGGAGGCAUUUAUGCCUCUCUGCCAUCCAUGAAAGCCGAUGCCAUAAUAAAUGUGUUACUCUUGA